AAUGUUUAUCCUGUAGAUGUCGCUUAAACACACGUGCUAAAAACGUAUCAAUUCUGUUAUGAAUUUCUAUUAAAAUACCCUGUUAGCUUAAUAAAACUUGAAGAUGUUCGACGAAGAAGACUGGGAUGCGUCGAAAAACGAUGCAAAAACAGAAAAAUUAUCUAAAAUACUAUUUUCAGACAAAAUUUCAGAUAAUUUGAAAAAGAAAGGGAAUAAAAGGAAGAGAAAGCAGGAAGGAAAACCCAAACAACAGACAUCUGUUAAGAAACCGAGAAACAGAAAGAAAAAUCGAAAGGAGAGUGAUGUUACUAAAAACCGGAAUCUUGCAAAGGAAGCUGAUAAAGAAGAACUGGCAAGCGAGAUAAACGAAUUUCAGAAGAAAAUCAAUCGAAAGAGAAAGGUGGCGGAAAUUAAGGAAGAACAACCCAAUAAACCAAAUAAAGUAGCAAAGACGAGCCCCAAAACGACGACUCUAAAAAGUAGAAUGACCAACAGAUUGAACGCCGCCAGAUUCCGAUUCAUUAACGAGCAGCUUUAUACUCAAACUGGAGAAGAUUCUAUGAAAAUGUUCCAAGAAGAUGAUGAAGCGUUUCACGUCUAUCAUACUGGGUUUGCAUCACAAGUUGAAAAAUGGCCUGUAAAUCCAGUGGAUUUAGCGAUAGAAUACAUAAAAAAGGGCAAACCGAAUCAAAUUGUUGCCGAUUUCGGAUGCGGUGAUGCAAAGAUAGCAAGAAGUGUUAAAAAUAAGAUAUAUUCUUUUGACCUUAUUGCCCUAAACGACAAAAUAACUGUCUGCGAUAUGACUAAGGUUCCAUUGGCAGAUAAUUCUAUUAAUAUAGCCGUAUUCUGUCUCUCUCUUAUGGGUACAAACUUGUCAUCUUACAUUCUAGAAGCUAAUAGAGUCCUAGCAAACAGGGGAACUCUAUUAAUAGCUGAAGUUGUUAGUCGAUUCAACAAUAUUGAUGCUUUCAAACGAAAAUUAGAGAAAUAUGGAUUCGAUUUAAUCAAUAAGAAAACGUACAAAAUGUUCGUUUGGAUGGAACUUAAAAAAACGAAAAGAGUUAAUCCAGGUAAAAGCUUGCCGGAUAUUAAAUUGUCACCAUGCUUGUACAAAAAACGAUGA